GUGUGUGUCCUGGUUGGCAUGUCACUGGAUACAGCUGGAAAUCCUGUGCCAAUUACCCGCAGCUGCAUUCAGUGAUAUAAUGACCCCAUAACAGAUACCCUACUCCAGCCCUCGUGCCCUCAACACAAGGAUGUUUAGAGCCCAGGGAGAACAUCAGUCCUAGCAGAUGGCACUGAAGAAACAGCGUAGCCCGAGAGAAUACACAUAUCAGUGUACGAUUACUGCCAGUGACAGUGCUUAUUUAACUACCAGUGGUCAGCACUACUGUUCAGGAAAAUCCUGGUGAACGCAGUCAUCUUUGUAAGAUGAUCUCACAUUAGGUCACCAGAAAAAAACAACUAAAAAUGGGGCGUCGGUACUUAUAUUUGGCACAUUUGUAUAUGCAAAAGGAAUUACAUCGUUCAUAAUUUCAUUAUAAACAUGCCUUGAAGUGUAGUGCUUAUUCUGCCCUUAACGACGUUAAUAAUGAAGCCAACUGAUAUGUAGUUUCACAGUGUUUGUAUCUCAUUAUUUUUAGCUUCUGUAACGCGUUGCUGUGUGUUUUUCUUAUUUGGUUUGUGGGUACUUUAAUAAAACAGAAACCACUAUACACACAAAACUGUUAGUUGUGCGUGACUGUGUCUCUGCUGCCUCAUUCGUGCCAUUGCCGUCCUGCCGCACGCUACGCGAAAUCGUUUUUAGUAAGUUCCUUCGUCCUGUUUGUCCCCUUCUGCGCUCUGUAGGAACUCGCUGUAGCUUAGCUACCAAAGCACAAGAUGAGUUUUUCUAGUCAUCAAAACAUUGACAUGAAACCGUAACAAACAAUGGAAAAUAAACAAAUAAUGACAGCCAGCAAAAACGACAGUAGUUCCUGCGGUCGUCUUAAUACAGAAUUUGAUGAAUACCAAUGUACGGUGAUCCUCACAGUGAAAAGGGCAACGGCGACGUUCUCGUUGAUAGGAUGUGUCUUCAUGCUGUUUGUGAUCUGGCUCUUCCGCCGAUACAACUCCUUGGCUCAGAAGAUGAUCGUGAGCCUGACAGUGGCUGCCUUCUUCGACAGUGUGGCCUACGUCAUGGGUGAAGACCAUCCCGAGGGAGCCCUCUGCAACUUCCAGGCCUUGUGGCUUACCUACUUCGAUUGGUGCGCCCUGGCCUGGGUCUGUCUCAUCACUGUCAACCUCUACGCCAACCUUGUGAAGGAGAUGCGGACAGAGCAGUACACGAUACCGUACCAUGUCCUGGCCUGGGGGGUGCCUCUGCUGAUGUCCUGCCUGCCUCUUUUCGCUGGGUACUACGGACCAGCUGGACCAUGGUGCUGGAUCACAGACAAUCACGUAGCCUGGAGAUUUGGGAUAUGGUACAUCCCACUCUUCUUGCUGAUUUUCCUGAUGAUCUGCUGCUACGUUCGCAUCAUCUAUGUGGCUAACAAGAGGAUGCAGUCUUGGUUUGGGACGUUCAACCCGGACAGAGAGCGUCGAAAGGUGUCACUGGCCGAGGAGAUCAAGCCGUUGAAGUGGUACCCGUCGGUGUACCUCCUGGUCUCCCUAUUCCCCCUCAUCAACAGGAUCCAUAACGCCUUGUACCCCAGGACGCCAGUGUUCUCGCUGACGCUGAUGCACGUCUUCUCCGGCCCUCUGCACGGCCUGGCCAAUGCCGUCGUCUUUGGCCUGGACCGCGACAUCUGGGGCCAGCUGAGCCUGACGGGCUUGCAGCUGGCCCUGCACUCUCGGCUCUGCGACCGCACCCGGAUCGGCGAAUACCACCCGGGAUCAGUCCGCUACGCCCCUGCCGGGGAGCUGGAUCUCUCUGAUUCCGACGAGGAGGACACCAACGUGCUCUUCUACUCCCCGGAUAUGGCUCUGAAGGACAGGGGACCGUGAGCCCUGCAUGGAGCUGAGCAGGAGGAUGGCCAGGCAGACACAGGAGACGACCUGUCAGGCUCCAUUAUUAAUUUCCAGCUCUUAAUAUUUAAUGUCAUAAAACUGCAGCUCUCUGCGCAGCCGGGAGUGAGGAGUGAGACACGGAGGACAAGCCUCACGCGCCUCCCCAGCCCAGCAACCGGCUCCUCCGCUGUGCCUCCUUCAGCUCCCAUCAUUUAAGUUGGACUCCGUUUGCUGCCGUUUUCCACGGCUUUCAUGCUCCCAGUAUUUUCUAAGUAUGUGGUUCUUUUGCCGAUACGAGCAUGCAGUGUUUUAAUCUUCGUAUUUAUGAAGCGUGUGUGGCAUGUGUAUUUUUUGUACGUGUCUAAGGCUUGAAAGGGGUGGGCAACGGGGGGGGUCGGGGUCUCAGUGAGGUUUCCUUUGGCCGACUGCCCCAUUCUCUCCAUGCUGCGACUGGAACUGCACACACCCCCCCCCCUGUCAGGGGACGCCUUGACAGCCUGUCGAGUAGUGCAGCUGUCGGCUGAUUGGCAGACGGUUCAAGACGUCAUCAGAGGAACAUGAGUCGUCAAAGGGGGUCGGAGGACAUGUGACUGGCGGGUCACCUGCUGGGACAGCGAGCGCUGCGGGGGCCUGACCCCGGAGCUGAGCCACCCCUGUCUUCACCUGCAGACAGUAUUGUCGGCAAGAACUGCUGUGUUAUGGAUGUUGGCCCCUGUGUGGCAAUCCUGUGUCCGUCAUACAGUAAAGCACCUGGGUAUGAUAAACAAA